AUGGAAGACACAAUCUACACGACCUCGACGCAGUACCGUCUCUUCACGUACACGCCCCAGCAGCUCUCGGACCUGCGCCAUGCCACGAACCGCGCCGCCGCAGAGAAGAUCACGGCCUCCAUCAGGGCCGCGCGCGCCGCCACCGGCAGUGACGCUGACCGCGACGACAAUGACGCAGAGGAGGAGGAGAUUGAUUGCCCGACGGCGGAGGAGGAGUUGAAGCUUGUGGCGUACUAUUGUGUCAAGUGCAUGCAGCUAUCGGAUCAUUUUAAGUUUCCGAGCGCGGUCAAGGUCCAUAGUGAGCCAACACAAAAACAGGCGACCGCACUCACCUUCCUCCACCGCCUCUACCUCACCACCAGCACACUCACCCUACACCCCAAGAAGCUCCUCCUCCCCAUCCUCUACCUCGCCACCAAGACCGAAAACUACUACACGCCCAUCGACCGCUUCAUCGCCACGGCACUCACCGCCGGCACAACAAUCACAAAAGACGACCUGCUCUCGCCCGAGUUCAAGAUCGCAAUGGGCCUCCGCUGGGCAUUCCAGAUCUGGCACCCCUUCCGCGGCCUCGAGGGCAUCUUCCUCGAGCUCAACGCAAUGCACCAGGGCACCUACGCCUCGCCCGCGCGCCUGCCCGGCGAAGCCGAGGACGCCAAGCGCCGGCUGGAGGAGUUGGUCGGCGGGGCGGGCGCCAAUGAGGUGGUUGCGCGGAUUGGAAGGGCGCAUGGGGAGGCGAGGGCGAUAUUGACGAGUACGGCGCUGCUGACGGAUGUGUAUUUCCUGUACACGCCGCCGCAGAUCAGCUUUGCGGCGUUCCUGGCUGCGGAUAGAGCGUUGGCGGAGAUGUAUCUGGAUGUCAAGUUUCCCGAGGGGAAUGCGGCGGCAGAGGCGACGAAGAGGAAGCUGUUGAAGGUGGUGGGAGAGUGUGCGGAGCGGCAUCUGUCCGGGAGCAUCACGAGGGACACGCCGAAUCCGUAUCCGGGGUUGUGUCUGCAGUUGCCGCAGAAUGGGGUGGCGACGUCGGUGUUGGCAAGUCUGGAUAAGGGGCUGGUGAAGGAGGUGACGAGGGUGGAUAAGAAGUUGUACCAUGUGACGAAUCGGGACAGGAAGGCGAAUGGGAAUGGGAAUGGGAAUGGGAAUGGGAGUGGGAGUGGGAGUGGGAGUGGGGCGGGGAGGAAGGGAGAGAGGGAGAGGGAGGGGAAUUAUGAGGCGGGCGCGGCGGAGGAGGAGCGGAAGGCGAAGAAGAGGAGGUUGGAGAGGGAGAAGCUGGCGAGGGAUGGGGACGUGUUUGGCGGCGCGCUGCAUCCGCCGCAGGAGUAG